AUGUCUUUCCCCAAGUCUUUCGGUAUAUUGCUCUAUCCCCGGUUCGAGCUCCUCGACGCGGCCGGGCCUCUCGAAGCGCUCAUAUGCCUCUCCCGUCGCGAAGGUUUCAAGGACAUGAGACUCAGCGUCAUUAGCGAGACCAUGGAUCCCGUCAGCGUCGGUCAGAACUCUUCCGAUGCCAAUAUCAACACCUUUGCCAACGCCAUUCGAUUGAUGCCAACUCACACCUUGGACACGGCACCUCCCCUUGACGUGUUGAUUGUUCCUGGAGGAAUUGGGUCUAUCGACUUCGAGAGAUCAGACACACCACAUCAUGUCGACAAAUACGUUGACUUCGUGAGGAGAGCUUACCGAGGCGAAGAUGAACGGCAACCCCUGAAGUACCUCAUCAGCGUCUGCAACGGCGCCAUGCUGCUGGCAAAAGCUGGUGUCUUGGACGGCCAUAGAGUGACUACGACCAAGGACCUUUGGCACCUGAUUCCUCCACUUGGCCCCAAAUCUCAUUGGAUUGCUCGAGCAAGAUGGCAUCAUAGCGACAACAUUUGGACAACAUCCGGGGUCAGUGCUGGCGUUGAUGGAACGCUCGCUUGGAUGGAGAGCCUGGUCGGGCAUGAAACCGUGGAAUCUGUGGUGAACACCAUGGAAUGGAUUAGAGCUGAAGAGGCGGACAAUGACCCUUUCGCGAAGGUCUUCGGUGCCCAAGAUGUCCCGCCUAAAGCAUGA